AUGUCACAUGCCCACAUAAAGUUCAAGUUUACGUCCCGCCCGCCGCCCGCCGCGAUUGGCGGGUGCGCCUCGGAGCGCGGCGCGGCCGGGGCCAGGCGGGCGCGCCAUUGGCUGCGCCGCGCCGUCACUCACCCGCCGGGCGACAUGACUGAUACAAAGUUGCUGCGACACAGCCUGGGAAACCGGUACCCCCGGGAGCGGGCCGGGGGGCUGAGCCCGCCGGGCAGCGGCAGCGCCGGGCACCGCGCACCUUCUCCCGCAAUCGCCCGUGCGCGCCCGCAGGGACCCCGCGUGUGCUGCUGCGGGUUUGUAUUCCAGAGUCACGGCGAAAGCACCAACAUCCCUAGGAUUUGGGGUGUCACGUGCCCCUCUCGCUUUCCUAUUCUGCCGAAUAUCGACCCACACUCACGGGCCGAGGCGGCGGCUCCCAGCGCCCGCGGCGCGACCCGCGGAGGAGCAGCCGCCACACCGCCGCGCUUCCCCGCGGGCGCUGGCGAGCAAUGGACGUGUCCUUCCCGCGAAGUUUUCACGGAUGGGGACGGGACUAGCCGUGACCUGGAUACGCCGGCCGGUCUGUCGGACACCCGCCCCACUGCCCCCCGCGCCGCUGCUCGCCCCGCGCAAGGUUCCGCGCUGCACUCACUCACCUCCCCUAGGACAUGGUGGCGCGGCGAGGGGAGGAGACGCGGCCCCCGGCUAGUGGCAGCGAACCAUCCGGGAGCCCGCACCGCCACCCAGGGUAGAAGAGAAAAAAAAAAAAAAAAAAAAAAAAAAGUACGCGGAGGAAGCACCGGGAGCGCGGCCGGGCGGCAGGAGGGAGCUGCGGCGGCAGGCGGUGGGGCGCCCGCGGCUCGGCUCGGCUCGGCUCGGCUCGGCGGACAGCUCCCACCAUGGACGCCUAGGUAAAACUCCCAUCUGCGCCACCAAGGAAGAGGAGGGAGGAGAGUGGCGAGGGUGUAAACUUUUUCCUCCCCCCCGCCCCCUCCGGUGCCGCCCGGCCCCUCGCAGC